AUGAGAUUGAAUGAAUUAACACUAAUUAUUUUAAUAAAAAAGCAUCACUCUGUUAAAGAAAAUAAUUACAUUGUAAAUUAAGUCCACUGUGAAAUCCUACAAGAAUAUUUAGGGAAGCCCAAGACUUAAACAUUAAUGUAUUAUUUAUUCAUCAUCAAUUAUCUUAUAGAUCGCAAGUUGCCAAUGGGUCUGAAUCUACCAUUUUCGUCACAUCUUUAUAAAGGAUAUUUAAACCAUCUAAGAAUUAGAGAAUGUUAAGUUAUCUAUUUGAAAUAUCAUAUCAUAAGAACGACUAUGUCAAUUUAGUAAUUAAUUUGUUGAAGAUAAACAAAUCUUAAAAAAAAGUUCCUGAAGUUAAAGUUUACAUCAAUGAAUGA